UUCCUAAAGUUAUGCAACGUAAUACCCUGGUGACUUGAGUGCCAUGAUAUCAAUCACGGGUCCUUCAGAGGACUGUCUGCGGGCAGAAGCUGGUAGAGUCGCCCUGUUUUCAUUGGAGUGGAGCUUCUUCCUGAGAACUCCGUCAUGACAUCAUCGUCAUCCGAUUCCCGAACAGCUGCAGGAAGUUAGUUGCGUUGGAGUGGACGAUGGACACUGUUGCAUACGCAGCUCUCCAGUCUUCCUGCGCUCGAAUCCUGUGUGGCCAAAUUAAAUCUCGUGUUGUUAGCGCGUUCGUCUCUUUAUAAUCCAUCUUCCAGGGUGUUCUGGGGAAACAGGGACAGCCCUUUUCAAGUGAAGGAGAGGUUAAGACUCCUGCGCGUUGCCCGUUUCGCGCCUCCAAUUUGUGGAUCAUGACCCUGGACACUGAUUUAAUGGAUGACCUUGUUGUGGACGUGGUUGGAGAAGGAGGCAAGGAGUCUGGAGACGAACAUCUUUCGACCUCAACCCUUUCUGUAUCCGACCAGGUACAUAACAAGCGGGAUAAGGACCGCGUCCCAUCUUCCAUAUGUCCCUCAAGCUCGAGCAAAAGCACUUCGGUGAAGCCGCCCUAUUCCUACAUCGCUUUGAUCACCAUGGCCAUCCUCCAGAGCCCGAAGAAGCGUCUCACCCUCAGCGAGAUAUGCGACUUCAUCAGCCACCAGUUCGUGUACUAUCGAGAGAAGUUUCCAGCCUGGCAGAACUCCAUCCGGCACAACCUCUCCCUAAACGACUGCUUCGUGAAGAUGCCACGCGAGCCCGGUAAUCCCGGGAAAGGGAAUUACUGGACGCUGGAUCCCAAUUCAUCGGAUAUGUUUGAGAACGGGAGUUUCUUGAGGAGAAGGAAGCGAUUUAAGCGGCAGCAUUUCAAGUUUGGUGUGUUUAAAGAUCGGGCUCUGCAGCCGAGUGGCUUUCCGAGUCUGUGCCACGGCGCGUGCGGGCUCGGCGCGUCCUGCGCUCAUUUACCGGGGCUGGAUAUCUACCCGUUUUGCUUGCAUCAACCCAUCGGUGUAGCACCUGUUGGGAGUAUUUUACCUGCUCUGUCCACGCUUUUCUCGAGGAACUCUGUCACAUCCAAGUCUUUCCCACAGUCCCAAACAAUGGCCAUCGAGUCGGUCACCCCGGGUCUCGCCUGCGCAAUGGACCCGACCUUUCCAUACGCGUCCUCAGCAUUGUUCAAUCCAGUGGGCUUCCCUCGGGUCGUCAGUUUUCAGUACGAGUACCAGAAGCUGCAAGAUGUGCACAGCCACGUGGAUUUAUCCACUAAACACAGACACCUGGCCAGUGUCAGUGACUAGCAUCGCGUAUUUGGACACUAUUUUUGUUUGUUUGUUGGUUGUUGUUUUUUUCUCAGGAACUAUUUCAUUUAUCCCGAGGUAUAACAUGUGUAGAGCACCGCGUCGAAUGUUUGCAAACAUUUGAUCGAACUUUUGAGUUUAGCUUCUAUCAGGAAUUAAUCUAGUGACGUGUUUCUGUUUCAUGCUGAAAUUGUUCAUUGAUGCAUGUUAUUUUAUUGGAAUGAUUCGAUAUCGAACGGAUCAACUAUUUAAACGACGCAUUUUCUGAUCGUGUUUUGACGGAAAUAAAAUUGACUUAAUUGAUUAAA